GUUAAUCUGUGGUCAUCGCCAUCUUUCAAUCGUUUAUCUUUGUUUUACAUGUAAAAAUUAAUUUAUUUACUUGACAUUGGCAAAAUUGAGUGAAAUGCGCAGAUAAGCCAUUAAAUAAAAAAAUAAAAAAGAAGAACGUAUCAUUCGCCAACUCGCCACAAUGGAUGAUAGAAGUGGACCAAAAAUGUAUGAGAUAAGUGGUAAUUUAGUUACACCAACUUUGAUUACAAAAAACCUUCCAGAUCAGUUCAAUGCGUUGCCGAUUUAUGGACGGCCUAAAAAUAAAACCGAAUUGCCAGAGUUUUAUAAACAAAAGAUGAGACAAUUCGUUGGUUAUGAUCUUAAUGAUGAAGAAUUUGACAAGUUGUCGAAAUAUUGCAGUGCUGACCAUUUAAGAACAGGUUGUGAAGUUCAAAUGCCCACACCUUUCCCCACAUUUGGUGCAUAUCAAUCACCAGAUAAAAUGAAUGAAAAGACAGUUGUUGAUAAGGCAGCAGAGAAAUCUGAUCAUAUGAAGCUUAGCAUACACAAGAAAUUACAACUGCGUAUUGAAAACGACACUGGAAAUAUUUAUUGUAAAAAAUUAAAAUACAGGGGCAUACGGUUUUUGCCAAUUCCUGCUGUGGAAGACGCUAAUAUUCCAAUCGUGACAAUAGGCAAGCCUUUGGAACCUGGGAAAGAGUUAUUGUUUCGAGUCCGUUUGUACAGACCUUACCUCCAAACACCAAGACUGCAGAAAAAACAAUCUCGUCGUUCAGUGUUUAGCUGCGACUUGUUGUGCGUGGGUCGUCAGCCGCUAUCGGUGAUACGAGACCGGAUCGUGUGCGUCAAUGACGUGGGCCUGCGUCUUGACGUCUCCGACAAUCCUGACAGAGUGCCCGAAGCUGAUGCCAAGACAUUGUUUCCCUCUGGGUUCCUGUUCAUAAACAACGUGUUCUACGUGGACUCGCGCCCUGGCUGCUUUGACCGCAGCGUUGAGAUCCGCACGUGGGCGGCGCGCCGCGGCAUCGGACAGUUCCCCGUGAAGGACAUGUGCACUGUACAACUACAAGACAUACCGCUGAGACUCGGUCACCCGGAGGUAUAUCAUACAAAAUAUAGUAUGUAGACAUUACACAGCGAACGUAACAUGCAGUUACACAGCGGACAUAUGCAGUUACACAGAGGACGCAUACUGUUACACAGCGGACACAUAUAUAAUCAGAGACAGGUAUAUACGGAGGCAGGCAGUGUUCGUCUCUCUGUGAAUAUAAACAUAGAUUGCUAUCUCAUAACAUUUUUUACAAUUAAAUUUGACAGCGCCUUACUCACUUCGCUAGUACUUCGGGCUUCCUCUGAAUAUCACAAAUAUCGUUCCAUAUUAGGAAAAUAAAAACGGUAAGGUUAUAUAUUCAGUGCCAUUGGUCACUCACCCAAUGAAGAGCUUUCAUUAAUUUAAAAUUUUAACUUUCAACAAAGGAUCUUUUAUGAUUAAUCGUAAUGUUAAUAAUACAAUUAAUCAGCCAGCCACUGUCUAUUCCUAUUUAGUUACUCUCAGAAAUGUGAUUUAUUGUUUAUUAAAUAAUAUUUUAAAAACAGCGUAGAUUGUCAUCCAAAAUUUGACAGAAGUUCCUAUACAAUAAAGACUGAUUUUUUUGCUGAGUACUUGGCUAAAGUACUUUAUAGAUUUCGCGGGAGGCGAUAGGGAUUGAUUGAAGGACUGACUCAAAAAAAUCAAAAUCUAUAUUUUAUUACGUAAAUUACUGGUUUAGAGCAAUGUAUAAGUAAGUAUUUUUAAAAUCAAUUUAUCAUGUCGCACAAUAUACAAUGUAAUGAUUAUUAAACCAGUCAGGUAUAUUUUUUGAGCAACCGAAUAAUAAAAUCCAAUACUUAAAAUCUAUUUUGGUUGAACAAAGCCCGAUCCAAGGGAGAGGUGUCAUUUAGGUCAUGACCGCCCUCUGUGCUGGGACCGUGAACCAGGUGGACCACUAAUUAAAAUUGUUUAUCUACAAGAUUUAUUAUCAUUUCUUUCUUAUUUUAAUAUAGGUAGUUAUUUUAAGUACAGUAAUUACAUUAAUUAAUAAAAUAUCUUUAUUUUACUUAUAUCGAUUAGAAUUAAAUUAUAACUUCUUGAGACUUGACCACGACUACGUUACACUUCGCGUCAAAGCUGGAUCGUCCUAUAGAUUUAAGAUGUUGCGAGAGCCAUUAAUAAGCCAUUAAUAUUCUUUCGAAGGUCUGGGGUUGAGACAACUUAGUCUAGCCUAACCCUUUGGAAAGACGUAAAUCAUGUGCCUAUCGAAUACAAUUGUAAUUUCUCUCUUCCCCAGGUAUACAUACAUCAAGGCGACUGCGAACACCUAUUCACGUUUUCAGAAGUGAGAUUGCUCGGUCCCCGCGACGCUUCCCUGCUCAGUCUGUAUCCGAUACACACAGCUCACGCUCAGAGCCAGUCUGUGUAUUGUACCACGUGUGCCGAGUUCGGCGCCAAGUGGGUAGUGGUCGGCUGCGAUCGAGUACCAUUCGAUCCCGCAUUCUUCUGCGACACUUGCUUCAAACUAUACUUGUACGUGGACGGCAAGAAGAUAGGAGAUUUCAAAGCGUACUCUUACAGGGGUAACGAGUUGAAUAUGCUGAAGCCCCAGGGAUGAUUUACGGGCCCGUUCUGGAUUAUCGAAUCGGAUGAAUGAGAUCUCGAUUGUAAUGAUGUUGAUUUUUAUCGUUGAUUUUAACGCUCACUUUCAUGAUAUUUGAAAUGAAAAAGGUUGUUUCUGGUGAAUAUGGUAUUUACUGGUAAUACAGAAAGUCUUAAGUGAAAAAAUAUUGAUUUCAAAUAUUCUAUGCACUGUUUGUUUCGGAAUAAGUAAAAUAAAUCAUUGUAUUUUUAAUUUUGCUUAAGGCUGAGCCUAAACGCAAAAGAGACAGUCAAUGCAUCCCUUAAUGGGAUAUAUAGAAAUAGGGGAUGGCAUAUAGCUCGCCAAAAAAUUGUUUGUAAUUGGCUACUUGAUAGUUUUAAUAAAAAACUAUGAGUUGGAAAUAGUAACUUAUAUGUAAAUAAAUGACUUUAAAGCAUUUUUUGUUUUAAAGUAAAUUGAGAGAAUAUUUUAUUGUUGUAAUAUAAACUUGUGAUUUAUAGUCUAUGGAUUACAAGAACUGAAACGCAGGCGAUCAUGACAGGAGGAUCGUGUGACGUCACAUUUCAAUAAACUAAACGUAAAUGUCUUUGGUGCGAGUGCAAUCAGUGCUCAUGUUUAUUGACGUCACUGUUAUCGCCGGCCAAUUUAUAUGAUAAAAAAUAUAACUAAUUAAAACAUGAUUUUCCUUUAUUUAGUUACACUUUUGGAUAGAAAUAAAUAUGAUAGUGGUUAUAACAACUGACUUUAUGAAGUCACUUUCCAUUACAAUAUGUAACAUGUAAGAAUAAAAAGAGUUUUUGUCGGUACGAAAGCUACAAGUUAUUAUUAAGAUAUAUAUGUGCAUAAUUGGCUUUCAAAGUAUGAGUGUGUCUGUUUACUGCUAUGUAUAUUGUUGCAGAUUACUUACAUCUGGUUAGCGAUGUGGCCUAUAUAUAUAUAUAUUGUCACGUGUCAUUUUUGAUUGUCGAGCCAUCAGUUUCAGUGACUAUCCCAUAUUCUCUCAGAGUGGCAUUAAAGAACAUUAUACACGACAAUGCACAAUAAUGCAUAAAUUAAGUACACGCAUAGUCAGGUUACUUUGAUAUGUUAAAUUCUAGUUGAUUUUUGACUCUCCGCUCGAUAUAUUAAGGUUUAAAAUUAAGUAGAUAAUUUAUAUGAUCUGUACUUUACAAAGUAAUAUUAUAUAAUGUACACACGGCUGCACCUCGGGUUAUCACAGUAUGUCAAUUUUCUGCAAUUUAUUUUGAACUCUUACGGUCAAUGUAUUAAGGUUUAAAACAUAAGUUGAGACUUUUGACAGUUUUGUAUAACCUGACGUGCUGUUGACUGUACGUCAGGUAAUUAAUUAAUUUUGUGGGACAAACCCACAAUUGCAAAAAUGUCCAUUAAAAAUGAGAUUAUUUUAAGUCGCCCGGAUUGCGAAAGGUCGUGGGUUCGAUUCUCAUCUCAGGGUUAUUUUAAAGCACCAAAACUAAUUUUUAAAUUAAGAACAUUUUUGCGGCGUAGUCACAAGUAAACCUUAUUGGGCGUUACACAUAAGUUUAAGUUUUAAUUGAUAUUUAGCCUGAAUAAACAACAGGCAAAAUGUUUAAAUUCAGUUGAAGAUAAUACGACAGUCACCUCCCUAAGAUUUAACAAUUACCUGAUAAUACCUUAUCAAAUUACUAUGCUUGCUAGUACUUAGGUAACAAUUUCAAUUACCUGCUCCGUAUAAAAGUCUGAUUAAUACAAAUCAGAUUCGUACAGGACGAUUUUUUGUUGGAUGCUCUCACAGGUCUCUAUAUACCUUGACGUUAGACUUUAUCUAUUAUAGGUACCUACGGAUACAAUGCAAAUUACAUUGAGCAAUCAGCAUUUAAUGACGCUGCUCCAUCAUCAUUAUGGGAGACAGGCGAUGACAGGUGGCCAUCUGCAAUUUUGCAUCUAGGUCUGGAAUAGGUGACCAAAGUGCAACACGUCGACAAAUAUACUUAUUUAUAUCUAUUUCAAAUGUUUAAUAUGCUAGUGUUACGUGAGUCUGCUUUAGAUUGUCAUUACUAGGUACUAACUUCCUUCCAGGUGAUGAUUCCAAAAGUGCCUAAGAGAAUUGUGAAACACAAUGAAUUUCGCAAACACGUAUGUUUUGAUGACACCUGUCUUUACUAGGGUUGUCAUCUUCAUUGAAAUACAGUUUCUUUAAAAAUAAUCUAUAACAAUGUAGUACAUUUCAAAAAUCUAAGUCUUUAAGAACCAUAAACAAAGACAAAUUGAAAUUAUCUCUUAUUCAAAUAAGUUUAUUAAAAACUAGCUCUUUUGGCUGACAAGAAAAACGAGCGAAGGACACUCACCAGCUUUUACGCUCACAGUUGGCGAAAUCCAAUAAAUAAGUAUUUAUUUAUUAGAUAUCUAUCGGUGUUGAAAAUAGUAUUUUUGCGUACUAUAUAUUUCUCCAACAGUUUAAACAAAGACUAGAGUGAAGGCUCAAAUAUAGUACAAUACAAUAAAAUUAUAGUAAGGUUGGCGACUCAGUCAUUACUCCACCUAUCAACGGAGCCGCAGGUGACAUUCACUAUGCUUUAUGAGAAUAUAUAACGGGAUUUGCUACUGAGUGGGGUGCAGAUAAGAAGAAAAAACAAAAAAAAAAGCAUUUUACGUAUGUACAUAAGUUCCAAUUGAUAAAGCUGUAACUCGGUUAACGAAAAGCUUACAACUAUGUUUUUUUCCUCUUUAUUUUGGUACAAACAGUCAUGAUAAUCAAGUCACAUCUUAUAACAAAGCAUACAAAAACAAAUAGUACCCGUAAUUAUUAGAAUAUAAUAUGUUUUGAAUUCGAAUAAAUAACGUAACACCUCUAAAAUAAGUAGAUUUUACUAAGUUCUCUAUUUUAUAAAGCAAUAGCGUUAAGCUUUUAUAGGUAUGUUUUGUAAGUGUCGCAAAAUGAUGGGUUCGAUUAAUUUCAUAGUUCAUAUUUUACUUUUUAAUGCAUUUAAAUAAAAGCUUCUUUUUAAUAGUUUUAUCAUCCUGUUUAUACAAAGUCUCUAAGAGAGAUUCGACGAUAUUGAUUGGAUGUGUACAGAGACAUUAAGUAAUUUUGACUAAUGCAACAGAUAAUAUUACUAAUAGGUAGUACUAUACAUAGUAUAAAGCAAAAUCCUUUCACGCUGUCUGUACGCUGAUAUAUUUUAAACUACACAUCGGAUAUAUAAACCGAUAUUUAGAGUGGUUCAAGCAGAGUAUAAACUAGUUAUAUACAUAUUAAAAACCGGACUUCAACUCUUAUUCAAUAUUGGACUUCAACUCUUUAUUCUAGUAACUUAACUUCUUGAAAUAAUAAAAAAACUGCUGUAUGUUUAAUAAAUUUCUUUAUAUUGUUUCUAUCUGCAUCUAGUCCUUAGGUACGUUUAAUAGUUUUAAAUUAUUUAUUGUAAUAAUCUAAGCAAACCCUUUCUAUCGUUAGCCAUAUUAUGAAAGUUAUUGAAACAAAACUAAUCUGCAAUUUGUGUGUUCUGUUAUAUUGUACUUAGAUUAAAAUCAAUUUAUUAGGCAUUACCUAUGUGAUUGCCGUUUUUCAUGAAAUAAAUGAAGCGUAUUUUUUUCUG